UGGAGCGUAUCAUCCGGGUGUGAAAGUGAAUGACCCGGAAUAUGGUGGUGCCUGAACCUUUGAUUUUUACCUGAAAUGGCUCAAUACACGUUGAUUUUCCAUCUGAUUAGCUUGGUUUUGUUGUGUGAAUAUGGCACCACGGUGAGAGACGGCGGGCGUGGCAACUUCAGAAGGGGGUUCGAGAGUGGUCUGAGGAGCAAGGAUGUGGCACAGGAGAUGGAUGGGGGCCACCUGGUCACCAUGGACCUCGAGCUCGUUUCUAGGGUCAUUGCGGCUCUCGACAGCAGCAUCAGUUACUACGAAAAUAACUUCAAGCAGAUGAACUUUGAUGGGAUCUUUGGGGCAAAGGUGGUUGAAGGGCAGUUGAACCUGAUUGUUGCUGAGUAUAAUAAGGGAUUUCUGUCAGCUACAAUGGACAGCUUUAUGAGGAACAAAGUGGCAAGCAUUGCUAGCAGGGCAGGACGUGUAGUAAAGCUCGCAAUCCCCUUCUUGUAUAAAAAAAAUCGAAAGUACAUGGGGAAAAUGGAGCGCAUGUUCCAGCUUUCUUGGGAUGUUGGACAUUCCCAUCGCAAUGUGGACAUGUCUCUCAAGUGGAGUGAUCGCACGUUCACUCUUGCCCUUGAGGAAGAGCUUACUGAGGUGCAUAGUGACCACUGCAUAGCUGAGUUGCUGGAACCUAUUGAGGGCGUGAUGUGCCGCAUGACAGACGUUUGCCAGCAGAUGAUGACCAAGGCAGGCAGGGAGAGAUAUGCCUUGGUGCACCAGAUCCUCUACACUGUGGUGGCUGAGAUGAGUGGUUGUGGCAGCCGUCUGGAACGUUGGUUGGUGAGGCAUGAUCGCAGUGGAAGCAUUGAGCAGCUACAGGGAGAGAUGUGCUCCAAUUUGUACUCUGAGGCUCUCACAUUGACGUCUGUGGCUUUCAGUGAUAAUGUUCUGAGCAACCGUGAUUUGUUGAUGAAAAUGGGUAAGUAG